AUGAGUAAGGCUGAGGGUCCCGCGAUCGGGAUCGAUUUGGGCACGACGUAUUCAUGCGUCGGUGUCUGGCAACACGACAGGGUUGAAAUUAUUGCGAACGACAUGGGUAACCGUACGACGCCGUCGUACGUCGCGUUCACCGACAGCGAGCGCUUGAUUGGUGACUCGGCGAAGAACCAAACCGCGAUGAACCCGACCAACACCGUCUUCGAUGCCAAGCGUUUGAUCGGUCGCAAGUUCAGCGAACCGCAAGUUCAAGCCGACAUCAAGGAUUGGUCCUUCAAGGUCGAGGCUGGCGAGCACGACAAACCGAUGAUCGCCGUGGAUUUCCACGGCGAGUCCAAGAAGUUCUCCGCGGAGGAAAUUUCUUCCAUGGUUUUGGUUAAGAUGAAGGAAACCGCCGAGGCGUACCUCGGCAAGGAAAUCAAGAACGCCGUCGUCACUGUCCCGGCGUACUUCAACGACUCCCAGCGUCAAGCGACCAAGGAUGCCGCCGUCAUCGCCGGCCUGAACUGCUUGCGCAUCAUCAACGAGCCGACCGCCGCGGCCAUCGCGUACGGUUUGGACAAGCGCAACGAGAACAACGGCGCCGAGAAGAACGUCUUAAUUUUCGAUCUCGGUGGUGGUACCUUCGAUGUGUCUCUCUUGACCAUCGAGGAAGGUAUCUUCGAAGUCAAGGCGACGGCUGGCGACACGCACUUGGGCGGCGAAGAUUUCGACAACAGAUUGUUGCAGCACUUCAUCCAAGAGUUCAAGCGCAAGCACAAGAAGGACAUCACUGGUAACCCGAAGGCUCUCCGCCGUCUUCGCACCGCGUGCGAACGCGCGAAGCGCACCUUGUCUUCCACUGCGCAAACCUCUGUCGAGAUCGACUCUCUCUUCGAGGGCGUGGACUUCUACACCUCCAUCACCCGUGCUCGCUUCGAAGAGCUCUGCAUGGACUUGUUCCGCAAGUGCAUGGACCCGGUUGAGAAGUGCCUCCGUGACUCCAAGAUGGACAAGUCUUCCGUCCACGAAGUUGUCCUCGUUGGUGGUUCCACGCGUAUUCCGAAGGUUCAACAGCUCUUGUCCGACUUCUUCAACGGCAAGGAGUUGUGCAAGUCCAUCAACCCGGAUGAAGCCGUCGCGUACGGUGCGGCCGUCCAAGCCGCCAUCUUGUCCGGCGAGGGCAACGAGAAGGUUCAAGACUUGCUCUUGCUCGACGUUUCUCCGCUCUCGAUGGGUCUCGAAACCGUUGGCGGCGUGAUGACCGUGCUCAUCCCGCGCAACACCACCAUCCCGACCAAGAAGGAACAAGUGUUCUCCACUUACUCCGACAACCAGCCGGGUGUGUUGAUUCAAGUCUUCGAAGGCGAGCGCUCGCGCACGCGCGAUAACCACUUGCUUGGCAAGUUCGAGCUCUCCGGCAUCCCGCCGGCUCCGCGUGGUGUCCCGCAAAUUAACGUGUGCUUCGACAUCGAUGCCAACGGUAUUCUCAAUGUUUCCGCCGAAGACAAGGCUUCCGGCCAAAAGAACAAGAUUACCAUCACCAACGACAAGGGUCGCCUCAGCAAGGAGGAGAUUGAGCGCAUGGUCCAAGACGCCGAGAAGUUCAAGGCUGAGGAUGAGGAGCACAAGAAGAAGAUCGAUGCGAAGAACGGCCUCGAGAACUACGCGUACAACAUGCGUAACACGAUGAGCGAUGCGAAUGUUGGUGGCAAGUUGGACGCGGAAGACAAGAAGACGAUCGAGGACGCCGUCGAGGCCGCGAUCACUUGGUUGGACGGCAACCAAACCGCCGAGGUUGAUGAGUUCGAGGACAAGCUCAAGGAGUUGGAGGGCGUUUGCAAUCCGAUCAUCAGCAAGAUGUACCAAGGCGCUGGCGGUGCCCCGCCGGGCGCUGACAUGGGCGGUGCGGACAUGGGCGGUGCCGGUGGCGCUUCCUCUGGACCGAAGAUUGAAGAGGUGGAUUAA